AUGUCAGCAUCAGCGUCAGUCCUGUCUGACAUCCAGACGGUGCAGUUGGCGCUCCAAGUGGUGUCGACCUUGCAGCUGACGUCAUGGAGGUUCCCAACAGCCUGCAGCCCGAGUAAUGGCAGUGCCUUCGACUUCAUAAUAGUAGGCGCGGGGUCUGCAGGAUCAGUCCUUGCGAACAGACUGUCAGCCAACAGUAACGUCAGCGUGUUACUGCUAGAAGCUGGUGGACCACCACCAUUAGAAUCUCAGCUGGCUGGACUAUUCCCUAUCAUACCAAGUACUCCAUACGACUACAACUUUACGUCAGUGAACGACAACUACACAGCACAGAACUUACAAGGUCACCAUGUCGGUCUGACUCAAGGCAAGAUGCUAGGAGGUAGCAGUUCCCUUAACCAUCUGAUCUACGUUCAAGGUCAUCCACAUGAUUUCAACCAAUGGGCAAAGAUACUAAACGAUCCCUUGUGGAACUUCGAUAGCUUAGAACAAUACUUCAAAAAGGUAGAGAACUUGGUUGAUGAGGAAUUACUAGCAACAUCAUCUAAGGAUAGACAUGGAACUAAGGGUCCUGUUAAAAUAGCUAGAGACUCAAGCCCUGAUAACCAAAAUAUCUUGGCUGCUUUUGAAGAGUUAGGUCAUGAAAUUUUCGAUGAUUUAAGUGCGCCAAACUUACUUGGGUAUACAGAACCUUUAUACAACAAUGUUGAUGGUAUUCGACAGAGCACUGCAGUCACUUACCUUGGUGAUACAAAAGCACGUAAAAACUUAUGCGUAGCUACGUAUAAAACUGCGACAAAAAUCAUAAUAGAAAACAAUAAAGCCAUCGGUGUUCAGGUUAUUGAUUCGAAUGGUGAUAGUCACGUAUUUUUUGCGAAUAAAGAAGUUAUAGUGUCUGCAGGUGCAUUUAACAGUCCUAAACUUUUGAUGGCAUCUGGUAUUGGGCCUCAAGAUAAUCUUGAACCUCUUGGUAUUGAUGUGAUUGCUAAUCUUCCUGUAGGAAAGAACCUCCAAGAUCAUCCAACAACAAUAUUGCUUUAUCAGAUGGAAAAUGACACAUCACCUCUCCCAGCUGCCAAUCCUUCUCAAUUGCCUCCUAUGACAGUCGGUCAUGUAGCUCUCAACUCUCAGACUUAUCCAGAUUAUCAGGCUAUAACUCUGUUAUUCCCUCACGAUUCAGAUGCAUUAAUUCAAUUAUGUUCAAACGUGUUUAAAUUCUCAAAUGAUUUUUGCGAUGAAGCAUAUAACGCGAAUAUUGGUAGAAGUGUUUUGUUUAUCAUUAUUGAUCUGUUAAUGCCAAAAUCACGAGGAGAAGUGUUACUAGCAAGUGCUAAUCCAAAAGAUGAUCCUUUUGUAUACACUCGAACUUACAACAAAACAGAAGACUUGAAGUUAAUGGCAAAAAGUUUAGAAGACUUCAAUAGAGUUUUGGAGACGACAUACUUUAAGAGUAUUGAUGCUAAACUGGUUGAUACUGGAUAUUGCAAAAAUGUACCUGCCGAUGAUUUUUGGGAAUGUUAUGCAGUAGCUACGUCUUCCAGUCUUUGGCACUAUGUAGGAACCUGUGCGAUGGGUUCUGUGCUUGACAGUAGGUUGAGAGUAAAGGGGGUAGAUGGUCUAAGGGUGGUAGAUUCGUCUUCUUUCCCUACAGAAGUGAGUGCUAACCCUAAUGCUGCGGUAAUGAUGGUGGCUGAAAGAGCUGCUGACUUUAUUCUUGAUGCAUGGAAUAUUUGCGUUUAAUGGAAAAUUCUAGAAUAUGGUAACUCAACGAAAAAUAAGAAUAAUGGCAAAGGAAAUUGUAUUGAGCUUUUAAUAAAGAUUUCAGGCAUUUAAAUUGUUUUUCUUUAAAAACGAAUUAGUCUUGUUAAGUGAGAUUAUCAAUAUCGUAAAAGCAUUAUAAAUAAAAAUAGUAAAAAAUCAAAACUAGGAAAUAAAUAA